CCAAGCCAUGGAGAGGUGGACACACAGGAGUGCUUGUUCUAUAAUGUCAACUAUGAGAUCGAGAAGACUAACCAGAGUGGGGUAGAGCGCUGCGAGGGUGAGAAGGACAAGCGUUCACACUGCUACGCCUCAUGGCGCAACAACUCGGGCACCAUAGAGCUGGUGAAGAAGGGCUGCUGGCUGGAUGACUUCAACUGCUAUGACAGGUAGAAUCUCCUACCAUUGUGCCUCUCUUUAUUGUACAUUCAUUAAACUCUGUCUUCCUCCGCCUAAAAGAUUAGAGUCCUUGUAUUCUUGAAGAGUCUCUCAGGAUGGGAGUGCUGAUCUAGCAUCAGGUCCCCCCUGCCCAUAUAACAGUAUUCAUUAAGGUCUAAAGGCAAAAAUGGAUCCUAUAUCAGCAGUCCUACUCUGAGACGCUUUAUCAAAACAGACCCUGGUGGGGAGCUGAGGUAGAAUCUGUGUGUCCCCUAUGGUUGUAUAGGCGAGUUUAAAUAUCGACUCAAUGGCAUCAAAUGUUUUCAUUUCCCCAGUGUGAUCAAAGUCUCAACAAAUGUUAGUGAAGCACAAUCAUACGUCACUGUAUGAUAAUGACUGUUACUCUAACCAUCAGAUAUCACCGUAUAUAAAACAUUACUGCAUUGACUUCACCGCUGGCAUGUGUGUGCAAACUCACACAAGAUUGUCUCAGACGUUUGCUUGCAUUACCCAACAUUUUUGUUUUCAUUUCAUUUAUUGGAAGCUUUAUUGGAUUCUAUAUUAAAUGUCUCUCCGUCAAACUGGAAUAUUCAAUUAUCCCGCGCCUGGCGGGUCUCGUAGGUGCUCGAUAACUUCUCGGGAGAAGUCAGGUGGAGUGGUGCGGUAGAUUUUUCAACCAGUUGCCUGCUGCCAUUGCAAUCUAUUUCCGGCCUUGCUCCCGAGACCAAGAUAAAUCAUUAAAUAAAUGGAUCCGGAUAAGAAGCUUGAAUACAGUCACUUCUCCACAGAUACACAUUAGAGAGGACCAAAGUGCCUUAGGUUUUGACUAGGACCAAUCCACCGCAUUGUUUACAGAGAGAGACAAAUGUUGUAUGGAUGUGUACAUGGUUUGAAUGAUCAACUCGAAAAUAAUGUAUCUGCAGGAUAUUUGUAGAAUAGCUGAAAAACAUUGUUUUGUAGUGUUGAAUGAGAAAAGCCAAGGUACCAAUGCAUUAAGGGCUUUUGUUUUGGGAUAUUUAACCAGACGUUUUCUAAAAGCUCAAUUCUAAAGCUGCGUUAGCAUCCCACUAUAAAAAAGGCUAUCUAUGAAACAAUUCUCCGAUCCCUCAUCAGUGCGAAAGUGGCCCAGCAACAAUGACUGAUCUUGAAACGCAACGGCAGCAAUCCGAGUUUGCUUAAAACUAGAGGUCACCACUUCUUAAAAUAGCAGACGAGCAGUCUCCGGUGCAUGUUUGAAAGACCAAACAUUGAAGUGUGUUGAGUGACGGGCUUAAGUCUGAAAGCUUUUUUUUAAAUGCUCAGGACUGUUGUAGAUUAGACUUCGGUAAAGAUAUGUUAUUUUGCCGGCAUGGGUGAGGUGGUCCGACUUGCUCUGAAUUAAUUGUGCAACAUAAUACCCUGUGGGAUCAAAGAUCCAGGUACCUCGAAUGCAUUGAUAUAUAUGCAUUGAAAUAGUGAAGCAUUUAAGUUGAUCCUGGAGGCCACAGUUAUCUCAGUGUGAUCCCUCUAAUCUAGACAUACAAUGGAUGUCUUCAAAUGUCAAUCUUCAAAUUCGCAUCAUGAUUACAAGCAUGUUUCUGGUUGGAGUUCAUAUUGGGACAGCUUGAGGAGACUCUCACAAGGCUAAGCAGCCCUUAAUCCCGGCCUCCUUCCAGUGUUGUCAGGGGCGACUGGCUGGCCUCGCCAUUGGCUCUGGCUCUCUGAGGAGAGAGGACACUGCCCAAUGACCCGACACAUUGCUGACAUGGCCCGACACUGCCGAUGUGCCUGGCGCCAGCAGAAUCAUGGCGACACCGCCACUCCUCCCACUCCUGUCCUCCACAGAGGUCAAUAAGUCGUUUCGCAGAGGGCCAACAGUGUGAGCGUUGCAUGGCGAGGGAAGGGAAGGGAAUGGAGGGAGGUGGUUAGCUAAGGGUUAGUUAGGUGUCUGAGCAGGUCAUAGGCUCUAGUUCGGUCUCCGGAGUCUUGUUCAGUAGGGCACGCUGUAGCAAAGCUUUUUAAAACAUCUGACAACGAAAAUGUAAAAACAGUUUCUUAUUGGACAGUUUCAGAUAGAACCUUCAUGUUUCACUGCUUUUCAUAGUGUUCUGAACAUGACAUGCCAUAGGGUAUAACCACAUUCUCUCUGAAGUACUGAAGUAAAUGGAAAGCUGAGGCGCUCCCUUCGCUACCCUAGACUAAAGCCUUUCCCUUUGACGGUCACUUAAAUGUUGUCUCUCAUUCUUUUGUUCUUUCUCUCAGGCAAGAGUGUGUGGCGACAGAGGAGAAUCCUCAGGUGUUCUUCUGCUGCUGCGAGGGGAACUUCUGCAACGAGAGGUUCACCCACCUGCCUGACGUCAACGGACCAAGUUAGUAAACCUGUAGGACUCGGAUCUCUUUCCUCUGUGUUACAUCCAUAUAAAUAGAAAGUAGAUAUGACCACAGUCCACCCGUCACAGAACAUGAAAGGAAAGGUCCGUGCUACUAAUUACAUUUAUAUGGUUAGGCUACACCUUGGUUAAAAUGUUCUACACAUUCUGCUCUGGCCUGUGCAGAUCAGAAGAUCCAUAUAUGAUGGGGUUCCUGAUAUGUUAAAACACCUCAAGGCAUUGUUAAGAUCUGAUAUACCUUGCAGACCUGUGUAGAAUUUUGUGUUCCUGGAAUGCACCCCUGAUCACUCCCGUACUCCUCUUUCUGGCGUCAGAUGUCAACGGCUAGUCAAAUGUAGACAUUAUAUUGACCUAUAUCUGAAUUAGCUUAUGUCGUCAUUUUGGAAUAUUUGAUUUUCCCAUUUACUGCUCGCUCCAUUUGUUUCAGAACCAAUAUCACCCGCUUUGCUGUGGUAUCCUACUAUUAUGAUAUCUUGGUAUGUUAUUGUGGUAUUCUAACCCUGCCUGGUGUGAAGCCCAGUAGGUUAUUAUAUUUGACAUCCAUGUAAGACCUAUACCAGCUUUAAACCCUCACCCAGGGUUAAGUAUUGACUUUGUUCCACAAACAGUCCUCACAGUGGGGUAUUGGAAGAUCUUAAACACAAUGGACAGAAAUGUGCAAGAGGCCACACGAGUAUUGAAUUACACCCCCUGUUUGCAGACUGACGCUCGGAAAGUUAGGGGCAAUUCUGCGCAGGAGAAUAGCACCUCUAACAUUUUACAGCUCCCUUUCCUCUCCAGAUAUUCUUGAGCACACAGAUAUCCAGACAGGCAGCAAACCUAUUUGUGUGUUAAAGCCAAAGCUUGGCUUAGAAGGGUGAAAUAAACCUAUAGUGUGUGCCUAAUCAAUACCUCUGCCAGUUGCCCCUCUCCUCUUUCUCCCCUCCCUCACUCUACCUCUCUCUCUCUCCCUAUCCUUCCCUCCUUUACACUACUCUCUCCCUCUUCUCUCCCCUUCUUCCUCCCUCUACCUUAUCCUCCUUUCAUUUUCCCUUCCUUCCUCCCUCCAUCUUUCCUCUCUCGCUCUCUCCCCCCUUGCUCCUCUCCAUGGCUGCUUGGUAACACUGUGUUCUGUCCCUCUCUCUCUCUCUCCUUCCAGUGAUCAAGCCGCCUCCCCCCACGCCCACCCUAGUCAAUGUGCUGGUCUACUCACUGCUGCCUAUCACCAUGCUCUCCAUGGCCCUGCUGCUGGCCUUCUGGAUGUACCGCCACCGUAAGCCGCCCUAUGGCCACGUGGACAUCAACGAGGUCGGCCUAUUCCCCUCCCUAGCUACGUAUCUUUCACUUUUGCUUCCAGUCCCUCUUCUGUUCUCAUCUUCGAAUGACUGAAUUUAUUUGACAUGUUUAAAAUGGAUGUAGACUUGCCUCAGCCGAUUUGGAACAAUACACACACACACACACACAAAAAAACAAUUGAGGAUUAAAAUCAAAAUAAAGUUACUACUUAUUGUGGUCCUCCUGUCUGUCGGUAUUGUUGGCUCUCUUUGUCUGUAGAUAUAGCUGUUUACUUAUCUUCUGUGGUACUACUUCUUUCCAGUUUGUGGUUUCUCACUCCUGUAUUCUCUUGCCCUUUCCCUUUUCAUCCCUUGUUUUUGGGAGGCCAUCUUGUUAGCAGCUCCUAAGCUGCCAAGUAGGCCACACUGGACCUCUGUUAACGACUAGCUCCAUCUAGAGGUAGUCGGGUGCCACUGGGGUGGGAUAUAGGUCCCUCCUAUAUGACCGUUGUUAGUUUACUACUGUCAGUUGUCAGUAUGUGUACAUCUACUUUACAUUAGCCGUUGUGCAUAAGGGCUCAUCUGUUUUUCUUCUUAACUGUUUUGCAACAGAAUAUUAGAAUUCAUAUUUUACAUUGAUAUAAAAGCUCCAGGUAUUAUAAGUUGUGAGUGGCAAUCAAUCCUCAUAACCGUGUUGAAUAUAAUGACCCAGUCUUUCCCUGUACUGACCUCUGACCUCUUUAUCUACCAGGAUCCUGGCCUAGUUACCCCUCCCUCUCCCCUGGUAGGGCUCAAACCCCUGCAGUUGCUGGAGAUUAAGGCCAGGGGGCGCUUCGGCUGCGUAUGGAAGGCCCAGAUGAUGAAUGAAUAUGUGGCUGUCAAGGUCUUCCCCAUUCAGGUAAGUGGCCAAAAGGUGGAUUCAACUGUCUGUCUGUCUGUCUGUCCUCUGAAGCCUUGGUGUAACAUUCCCGCUUUAUUUGUGUGUCCUCCCACAGGAUAAACAGUCGUGGACGAACGAGCGGGACGUGUUCCUCACGCCGGGGAUGAAGCACGAGAACCUGCUGCGCUACAUCGCUGCAGAGAAGCGCGGGACCAACCUGGAGAUGGAGCUGUGGCUCAUCUCUGAGUUCCACGAGAGGGUGAGGAGGGAGACGGGGGUGGAGGCAGAGGUGUUAAGGUGUGGGGAGGUUAGGUUUGGGGGAGGAAGUAUAAAACUAGCUCUAAGUCUGGGUCAUUAGUUUACAUCAGUUAGCCAUCACAAGGUCCCGCCACUGAGCUUUAGCAAUGUUCUCUAGGCGUUCAUAUCAGGUUUGCUACAGAGACCCACCAUUUUAUUUAUUUAUUGGCACUGAGGAAGCUGUGUUUUGUUGCUCUGAGAGGUAUUGCCUUUUAAUUUUCCUCGCUGUUUAAUUUUCAAUAGCGUGAAAGUUGUUUGCUACAAUUUAAUAACACUCAAUUUGACAGACCACAGUGGGUUGGCUGGCAUUUCAUUGAUCUCAGACAUUAAACGAUGUGAAUAUGAAUGAUGUCAACCCUGUCUCUGCAGUUGAAUACACUUCUAUUUUUCCCAGUUCAAUCAUUGACAAGCGAUUUAGUGUGCUCUGGGGAUGUCUUAAUGUAGCUAGUUGUUAACAGCUCCACUUCUCUCUCUGUCGCUCUCUCAUUCUUUUUCUCUUGUUCUGUGUAUGUGCGUGUGUCUGUGUAUGUGUGUGUGUGUGUCUGUCUAUGCUCCAGGGCUCCCUGACGGACUAUCUGAAAGGGAAUGCAAUCAGCUGGACUGAGCUGUGUCACAUCGCUGAGACCAUGGCCUGCGGGCUGGCCUACCUGCACGAGGACGUGCCCCGCUACAAAGGAGAGGGACCCAAACCGGCCAUCGCUCACAGGUAAGGCACACGAGGACAGCACUUAGGUGUGUGUUAGUGCUGAGCGAAUUUUAAACAACUAAUUGACCGACGUCGGUUCAAUAAUUAGAAUUCCAUUUCGUUUCGUGAGAUAAAUCAGAUCCAGCCUGAACUGUGCGAUGUUGUAGUUUCCAACUGGCCAAUAUUCUACAUAGUUUAGCGCAUUAAAUGUGGUCAUUAACUACAAUGACCACAAUCCAUUGCGCAUCUACUUGUCCGGUCUGAGUUUCUUUUAUGCCUGCUACGGAAGAGACAAGAAUGCGAGAUUGUGAGGUGAUAUAGAGAGCAGCUGUUGCUUCGCGAGGUAUCUCUAUAUGAAAAUACAUGAUCUAAGUGAUUGAUAGUUGGUAUUCAGCAGUCAUAAAAAAAGUAUGCCUUAUUUAUUUUGAAGAACUACAAAAUUGGGAUUUUGUCAGACAGCAUAGGCAGCAGCUCUAUAUAGAUGAGAUGAUGACUUGGAAUUAAAUAAUAGUCAUCAAGUAAAACAAAUGUAAUAUACAUAACUGAAAUAUUUUAUUAAAGUAAUGUGAAUAAAUGAUAGUUAAUAAGUGAUAAGCAGUAAUGAGCAGUCACUACCAUCAUGGGACUUUUAUUAAUUGUUUUAUUCUGCGUUGUUACAGCAUUCAACCCGCAUUAUGCAUAGUGCAUUUAAUGUAAAAUAAAUAAAUAUCGAAAUUGAAAACGUGAUUAUUUAAGAAUCGAACCGAAACAGAACCGACCUGAAAAAGCCAUAAUUGCUCAGCACUAGUGUGUGUUUGCAAAAAAAAGAGAAAGAGGAACAUUCGACUUGGGGUUCGAGCAGCUUUUUGUUUUCUCAAUGACCUAUCUGGCUAAGUAAAGAUGAGGUUAAUCCUAUAGCGUAUUGAUGUUUAUGCUGAAUCUUUGUUCUGUCUGCGGUCCCCUGUGUCUUCAUUCUGCAAUCAGGAGGCAUCUACCCCUGAGGGAGCCUGUUAUUUUAACAGCACUCAAACCUCUGGACUGCAAUAUUUUUCUGCAGGAUAUCAAAAUUGUUUACAGUUUAUUCCAUUGGGAAAACACUUCAAUUCGGUUAUAAUCAAACCGAGCCAUAAGUCUAGACAUGACUGUUCUCUGUGGGAAGUGAGUCUGUCUUCUUUAUUUGUGUGUAGUUCAGGAUAAGGUCAGGCUUUCAAAAGAGGGGGGGGGGGGGAGGGAGAGACUCUCAGGCCAAUCAUUGAUGUUAAUUGAUUGGCUAAAAAAGAAAACUAUGUUAGAGUUGAGUAGGGAGAAAAAGUUUCAAAAUGGGGAGGUUCUACCUGACCAUGUCCAGUAACAACACACCUUUUCGUUUUCCGCCGCAAAACAUUUUGCUACAUUGUGCCCUACUGAACAUGACCCAGCUCGGCCCUCAAGCCAUGUGGUUAAAUAGCACUGCUCUACACCAUCACUGAUCCCCCUUCCUAACUGCCUUCUCCCCUCCAGGGACUUCAAGAGUAAGAACGUGAUGCUGCGGACGGACCUGACGGCCAUCAUCGGGGACUUUGGGCUGGCGGUGCGGUUCGAACCGGGCAAGCCCCCAGGGGACACUCACGGCCAGGUGAGUGGGCCACCAUCAGUCUGGUUGCGUCCCAAAUGGCAUAGAGUUAACUACUUUUGACCAGUGUACAGAAAUUAGAAAGCCAUUUUCAGCCACGAAAAUGUAUCAUACAAACUAUGAACAAGGAACAUCAUGAAGACACUGUUUUAAAGCUAGCUCCACGUACUCACACGACAAGGAAGUGUGUGUGUGUGUGUGUGUGUGCGUCCGCUUGUUUGUGUGUGUAGUGGACCUUGUCUGACGGUGUCUUGUCCGUCCAGGUGGGUACCAGGCGCUACAUGGCACCGGAGGUCCUGGAAGGGGCCAUAAACUUCCAGCGGGAUGCCUUCCUCAGGAUAGACAUGUACGCCAUGGGCCUGGUGCUGUGGGAGCUGGUGUCGCGCUGCAAGGCGGCCGACGGUGAGUAAUACACACAUGCAAACAGGCACACAGGAUCCUACUCUGCGAUUUAUCAGCAACCAUACCACAUUGGAACCAGGAUAAGAACUUUUAAUGCUUUGUAAUCGACAAAUGAGAAAACAUGACUGUUGAUAGCUUAUGGGUAACGACGUAGCAUGUCCUAUAAGGCGUUCCAUGCUAAGACACGUUGCUGUUGUGUUGUAUGGUCAGGCCCGGUGGAUGAAUACAUGCUGCCGUUUGAGGAGGAGAUCGGCCAGCACCCGUCCCUGGAGGACUUACAGGAGGUGGUGGUCCACAAAAAGAUGAGGCCGGUCUUCAAGGACUGCUGGCUCAAACACGCUGUGAGUAUGCAAGCUCUUUCGCCAACGCAGAGAGCAGUGGGUCAAUACUGUGAUGUACUUACAGCAGUACAGUUUGAUUCACAUUUCCCACAAUAUGUCACCCAGGUUUAACUUAAGCGCAUAAACAUGAUGUUGCCUCUGUCAUAUUAACUGAACCAUAUGAACAGUCAACAGUUAAUACACAUUUAAUACAUGUAAUAAACACUGAAUAAGCAGUUAAUACAUGUAAUAAACACUGAAUAAGCAGAUUGGUUUAGCUAAGUGCUGAGAUGUUCCUGUCUCCCAGGGCCUGGAGUCGAUGUGUGAGACUAUAGAGGAGUGCUGGGACCAUGACGCCGAGGCGCGCCUCUCUGCUGGCUGCGUGGAGGAGCGCAUCUCACAGAUCCGCCGGCUGACCAGCCCCCCUACCUCGGACUGCCUGGUCUCCAUGGUGACCUCUGUCACCAACGUGGACUUGCCACCCAAAGAGUCCAGUAUC